UUGUCUUAUGUUAAGUGAUGAUAGUAAUGCUUAGCCUAAGUUAUAAAUGAAUGUGUGAUGAAUUGUAUUGUUGCAUUCAUGAAUUAAAACUGAUUAAGGUUAGUGCAUACUGUCAAAUGGCUGUCUUACAUUGAAGCAUUAGAUUCAUGUCUAAAUGCUGAGUAAAGUAGCUGUCAAAAAUUGCCUAAGUGUCUUGUAAUGAAUCUGUAGGAUCAUACUAGAACUUAGAGAGCUAAGCUUGCAAUGAUUUGAAACUUGGGUGUCUUGUUUGGUCUUGCAUUUCUUUAGUGAGACAUUGGUGUUCAAGCUUGAUGUGGAAUCAAGGACUGACCCAAUGCACCUAUGUCUAAUCUUCUCUGGAGGUUGAGUGGUGUUUCAGGUGCACAAGGAGUGUUCUUAGUUCUUCACCAAUCCAAGAGAAAGAGGAAGGCAUUGCCCAUUGUCAUGAGCAAUGGAGAGCGGUUACUGAAGUGGUUAUGAGCCACUGGUUAGUGAAGACUCACGGCUGCUCACUUCCAAGCUUGGACCCUCAUUCUAUCCAAGCUUGAGGAGGGGAGUUAAGUGAGCAGAAGAAGAAAGUUCCACAAGAGCAUUCCCUGAAGAUGGCGAGUUGAAGAAGUGCUGCAAGGGUCUGAUGGUGUGAUCAUGAAGCUGCUCUCCCAAGCUUGACUUGUUCCACAUGGUCAAGCUUGAGGGGGAGUGUUGAGAAGACUUCAAAUGAUCACAAAGGUGCCGGUUCAAGAAGGUGGACGGCAGUGAGCAAAUGUAGAGAAUCAAGAAGCUCUCCUUCCAAGCUUGACUUGUUCCACAUGGUCAAGCUUGAGGGGGAGUGUUGAGAAGGCUUCUUGAUGAGAGCACUUGGCGGUUAUUCAAGAAGAGGAGCAUACCGGUUUGUGAAGCAAGAUGGAGGAUGGUGAAGCAAUCUCCAAAGCGGCCAGAGCAGAGCAGCCUUGGUACUACAGGCUGAGGCAUCUGAUCAUGAAGCUUUAGAACAAGGUGGAAACUCUAGAAGAAGAAGCAGCCAAGGCUCAGCUAUUACAAGAUGAAGAUUGAUGAGCAAGAGAAGAUGUGAUCUACCUUGCAUCACAAGAAGGUGUUGAACAGAAGAGAAGAUAGAGCUUGUACAACAAUAGGGCAAGCUCUAGAAGAUGUCUAGAAGAGUUCAAUCAAGCUUCAGAAGUGUUCUGAAGUAGUUAUCUUGUGAAGUUAAGUCUAGGAAAGACUUAGACUGAUCAUGUGAAAGCUUUGGAGGAGUUAGAGAGAAGAUGGAAGUGUGGUGCAAAGAUAGGGUGUUCAGUACGGCCUUGUACGGUCUAGGGUGAAUCAUGAAGGUGUUUGGGAUCAGUCAAGAAGGAGAUAAGGCAAUGAGCAUAGUUAGGGAUUGUGGUACGGACAGGAGGUCCGUACCAUCAACCGUACGGCCACUCCACACGCCCAAGUCACCCGGUUCAGCUUAAAUCAAAGAUGAGCAAUGUGAGGGCGGUUUACUUUGAUCCAAUCCUAUCUUAAGUGACCGUUGAAGGCUUAUGGAGGGAAGGAAUAUACCUGAGCAUCUUGUGGUCCAAGAGACAGGCUGGAAAGGGAAAAGAAGCUUUACCUUUACAGCCAAGACCCAUCUCCUCCCUUCAUUCAAAAGAAGCAAUCUGAGCCUUCCAUUUGAAUCAGCCACGCCAGCUAGCACCAGAAACAUCAAGACCAGUCUUCUCUCAUCCGUACCAUCCAUUCUAUCUUUUAAUUACAGCCUUAGGAUCUAGGUUUGUGAUAUAAGUUGUGUAAAGGCAUAUAUAAGUCUCUUAUGAUCACUUUGUAAACCUUUAAGCUGAGAGAGUCUCUCUUCUUCAUAAACUUGUUCUUGGUUCUUAUUCUCUUGUUACUAAGUCUCUCUCUAAUCUCCCAUACACGUUCUCAGUCUCUCCCAUACUCUCUUUGAUUCUAUUAAACUCAUUUCUAUUCUUCAUACUUCAUCACACAACAAUCUCUCAUCUGUUCUUACAUCACUCAAGUACUGGUACUCUGAAAAUCUCAUAUGGUAUCAGAGCCAGGUUGCUCAGACUCCUGGUGAAGACUUCCGCUACAUCCACAAGCUCCCAAGCUCACGCCCUUGAAGAUUCAGCUCACCUUGUCCCAAGUUUCUACCUUGAAGAGUUCUUUGACAGUCUUGUUCAUCCGACUUCAACAUAGAGUCCAAAAGAACCAUUGUCAUUGCUGUUACUCUCAAUGGUCCCAACUACCUUCUCUGGUCACGCAUGGUGAAGACAGCUCUAGGAGGGAGAGGCUUAUGGAGCCAUUGCCUCACGGAUGCUCCAAAGCUCUCCAAGACUGCCGGUUCAAAUGAAAGCUCAGCAGAUGGUGAAUCCGGUUCCAAAUCUGUAUCUGAGGAGAAGUGGGAACAAGAAGACCUCAAGGUCUUAUCCAUUCUCCAUUGCUCACUGUCUCCAUCCAUCCUUGAAGCAUACUCAUACUGUGAGAGUGCUAAAGACCUUUGGAGUACACUUAACAAGAUAUAUGGGAACAUCUCCAACAUCAGCCGAGUAUUUGAGAUCAAGAAGUCCAUCAACAUCCUAUCCCUUUUGGAUGAGGAGUUCACUGCGCAUCUAGGCAAGUUCAGAGCCCUUUGGUCUGAGCUAGAGAUGCUUAGACCCCAAUCUGUUGAUCCGGAGGUGUUGAUUGAAAGAAGGGAGCAAGACAAGGUGUUUGGCCUAUUACUCACCCUCAGCCCUGCCUACAGCGCCUUGAUUCAACAUAUCUUGAGGUCUGAGAAGCUCCCAACACUUGAAGAAGUGUGUUCCCAAGUCCAAAAGGAGGAGGGAACAAUCGGGCUGUUUGGAACAAAGGAAACACUCUCCUUUGCUUCUCAAGCUGAAAGAAGCUCUCAGCCCAACAAGGCGCCUUACAAGAAGGGGGAUAGGAGAGGCCUGAAGUGUGAGCAUUGCAAGAGGGAUGGGCACACCAAGGAGAGGUGUUGGAUACUGAAUCCAAGCCUCAAACCUGCCGAGUUCAAGUGAACCGUGCCCAUGGAGGUUCAAGAGAUCAGCUCGGAUCUCUUGUUUGUAAGCAAACCUCCUAACCCUUAGAAAUUGUCUAAAUCUUGAUUAAUAUGUCUCAUGGAUUGAACCUGUUGCAUUCAUAUAGUUAAUGCUUUAGGAUUGUGCAUUCAUGUAUUGAUGCAUUUAAAAAUGAGCCUAAAUUGUCAAUGUAUUGUUUAAAGCUUGCAUUGUCAUUUUAGAGAUUGAAAACUGCUUGUUCUUGCCUUGAUUGAUUGGCUUGUUUCAAGGUUUAUAUUCUGCUGUAGCAUUGGUGAUCAAACAGGAUAAAUUAUCUUGGUUUGAUCCCAAUGGGAUGAUCUGAUCUUGCAUUGAGUUGUGGUGGUGUUAGGUACACAAGGAAAGUGAUACAUGUAACUCGCCAACAGCCAAGAAUGUAGUGACAAAGGUCUUGUGCCAUUGCAUAUCAUCACUAGGACAUGUUAGUCCAUAAUCUACAGGAAGUGUAGUGUGAUUGAUUAUGCAAUGAGAGA